AUGUCCAUCUCCAGUCGCAGGAUGACUGACUUCAACCCCAUGUCCGCUGUCGACAUCUCCGCCAUUGAGGAGAAGAUGAGAAUGGCCGCCCUUGAUCAGCACCGCGGAUACGCCCAGAACACCUUCGGCGAGGUCCAGCAAUAUCGUACCACUGAGUACGUGCCCAAGACCCAGGCCACCGCUUACCAGGUUCUGAGCGAGCCCCUCUGGAACAAAGGCCUGUCCUUCACCCCCGAAGAGCGUGUCAACAAGAACCUCACUGGCCUCAUCCCCCACACCAUGGAGAGCCUUCAGACGCAAUGUCAGCGGGCCAUGAAGAUGAUCAACACCCGCCAGACCGACGUCGACAAGUACCUCUACCUGUCGUCGAUCAAGGCCCAGAACUUUGACCUCUUCUACCGCCUGCUCAUCGACAACAUCCGUGAACUCAUGCCUCUCGUCUAUACCCCCACCAUCGGUGAUGUCUGCCUGCAGUACUCGACCCUGUACACCCGCCCCGAGGCACUGUACAUCUCCAUCAAGCAGCGCAAGUCCAUCCGCACCAUGCUCCGUAACUGGCCCUACCCCAACCCCCAGAUCUGCGUCGUCACAGACGGUUCCCGUAUUCUGGGUCUCGGUGACCUUGGUGUCAACGGUGUUGGUAUCUCUAUCGGCAAGCUUGCCCUGUACACUGGCGCCGCCGGCAUCCACCCCGAGAACACCUUGCCCAUUGUUCUCGAUACCGGCACCAACAACGAGGGCAACCUGAAAGACCCCUUCUACCUGGGCAUCCGCUCCAAGCGUGUGCCCGUGCCCGAGCAACAGGCCUUCAUGGACGAGUUCAUGGAGGCCGUCACCGAGGUGUACCCCAACAUGACCGUUCAGUUCGAGGACUUCGAGUCUGAGAAGGCUUUCAACUACCUCGACCGCUACCGCAACAAGUACCGCUGCUUCAAUGAUGACAUCCAGGGAACUGGCGCUGUCGUUCUCGCUGGUUACAUCAAUGCCGUCGAGCUUUCAGGCGUCCCCAUUGAGGAGCAGCGCCUCGUCUUCAUGGGUGCCGGCUCCGCUGGUGUCGGUGUUGCUAAGCAGCUCGUCGAGUACUAUACCAAGCGCGGCAUCAGUGAGCAGGCCGCCAAGGACAAGUUCUGGCUCGUCGACACCAAGGGUCUCGUCACCAAAGACCGUGGCGACAAGCUUGCCGAGCACAAGAAGUACUUUGCCCGCACCGACAACAACGGUCACCAGUUCCGCUCGCUCGAGGAGGUCAUUGAGUAUGUCAAGCCGACCGCCCUCAUCGGUCUCACUGCCACCUUUGGCGUUUUCACCGAGUCCGUCGUCCGCGCCCUGAAAGCCUCGGUCGACUCUGGUGGUCUUGGUCGCCGCCCCGUCCUCUUCCCCCUCAGCAACCCUCUCACCAAGGCCGAGUGCACCUUCGAGCAGGCUGUGCAGUGGACCGACGGCACCGUCAUUUUCGCCUCCGGCUCGCCCUUCUCCCCUUUCACCAUGAAGACUCCCGACGGCCACGCUGUCACCUACCAUCCCAACCAGGGCAACAACGUCUACGUCUUCCCCGGUUUGGGACUUGGCGCCAUCCUGGCCAAGGCGUCCAAGAUCACCGACGACAUGGUUUACACCUCUGCAGCCGCCCUUGCCGCUGGCCUCACCGCCGACGAGAUCCACAAGGGCCUCAUCUACCCCCGCAUCGAGCGUGUCCGCGAUGCCAGCGUGCUCGUCGCCCGCGAGGUCAUGAAGUCGGCCCGCCGUGACGGCGUCUCCACGUUGCCCGAGUCCCAGUGGAUCGAGUGGGAGGAGUGGGGUGAUGUCGCUCUCGAUGCCUGGAUCAAGGAACGUGUCUACGACCCUGUCAGCUUCUCCGAAAAGAGUCGUAUCUAG